CUGUAUGUAGUAUGUAACAAUUGACGCGCGCCGCGUCGACCCGCCAAAUCCAGGUCGACAAUUCCACGAACACCCGUCAUAUAUCGCGGACUCCCCGCCAUGGCGGCCAACCAGCGCUCCACGUCCGCGACGGGGACGCGCGAGAAGACCUACUUCGAACAGCAGCGAGAGGCGCUGAUCGGCGAGGUCGCAAUGAGCUUCGAGCACGUCCUCGCCAACAUUAACAAACUGAACCGGUCCCUCGAGGCCGUCAUCGCUGUCGGUAACGAGUUCUCGUCCGUCGAGGCGCUGUGGUCACAAUUCGAGAACGUCAUGGCCAAGGAACCGGAGGAGGGAGGUGGCAAGUCUGAGGCAGCCGAGAGCGAGAACGGCAGGGAGGAGGGCGCCAGGAGCGAGGAGGCCGAGAGGUGAUGAUUGCUCGGCGGUGCCCCUGUCUUGUUAUGCCAACGAUGGUGGGGGGAGGUAUGACAUGUGAUACCCAAUGCAGCGGAGGCGAAGGUCAGCCGGAGAGGGCUACGGAGAAGAUCAGGACGCACGAUCAUGUGGCAUACCAGGGGUCUUUUUUAUAACAUGAUGAUCGUUUAUGUCCUAUCCCAUUGCUUGAUGAGUGAAAAAGAAAUUGAUGAUACCUACAAAAGAA